UGACUUUCAAGAAGAUGUACCAGCAGAAACAGAAGGAGCUGCUCAAACAAUAUGAGAAACAAGAGAAGAAGCUCAAAGACCUGAAGGCCGGGGGGAAGUCGACGAAGCAGGCAGAAAAGCAGACCAAGGAAGCCCUGACGCGGAAGCAGCAGAAAUGUCGCAAGAAGAACCCGGAUGAGGAAUCCAGCGAGGCCCCCGAGCUCCUGAAACGGCCCAAGGAAUACACCGUGAAAUUCACUUUUCCUAACCCACCGCCUCUUUCCCCGCCCAUUCUGGGCCUCCACGCUGUGGACUUCAGUUACGAAAAGCAGAAGCCCCUUUUCAGAACUUUGGACUUUGGAAUCGACAUGGAAUCCCGAAUCUGUAUCGUGGGCCCCAAUGGGGUGGGGAAAAGUACACUACUAUUGCUGUUAACUGGGAAGCUUACGCCGACCAGAGGAGAAAUGAGAAAAAACCACAGGCUAAAAGUUGGCUUCUUCAACCAACAGUAUGCCGAUCAGCUGAAUAUGCAGGAGACGGCCACGGAAUAUCUUCAGCGCAAUUUCAACCUGCCUUAUCAAGACGCCCGCAAAUGUUUGGGGCGGUUUGGUCUCGAGAGCCAUGCCCACACCAUCCAGAUUUGCAAGCUGUCUGGGGGACAAAAAGCUCGUGUAGUAUUUGCCGAACUGGCUUGUAGAGAGCCAGAUGUCCUUAUUCUGGAUGAACCUACGAACAACCUGGAUAUUGAAUCGAUCGAUGCCUUGGGAGAUGCUAUCAAUGACUACAAAGGGGCGGUGAUCAUUGUCAGCCAUGACGCUCGGCUUAUCACAGAGACCAACUGCCACCUGUGGGUGGUGGAGGACCGGACAGUCAAUCAGAUUGACGGUGACUUUGAAGACUACAAGCGUGAAGUGCUGGAAGCCUUGGGUGAAGUCCUGGUCAAUCGACCAAAAGAAUAAGGUCAUGAGAAGCGGAGUCACCAGAACAUGCGCAGCCUCUUUCCAUUUUUCCAGAGGAAACUCCGCCCUCUCAAGUAGCCGGGCUUUAUUUAUGUGACACGGAGGGACAGAUUUGAACAUGUGCAAGAAAGAAAUUAAAAACUGUUGAUACUUUUAACUUUUCUUCCCUUCCUCUCCCAACCAGCAUGGAAGUAAACUUACCAAAAGGUGAUGGGUGGGUGUUCCACCAUGCCUUUCUCCCUCCCCCCUCCCCAAGCAGACAUUUUGGAAGACUACUUUCACUUUACAAAUCUCUCUCUCCUUUCCUUGCACUAUUUUUCGGAAUAGUUGGAGCACAACAUGUAAACUUACUAAAUUAAAAAUGCGGCCGUCACUCUUGUG